UCUUCGGUUGUCUUGAUUGUCAUAACAUGCAUUUCACUAUCAUGGCACGACCUGUACUGAGAGACGCUCUAUUUUUGCUGGGGUUAUUGAUCUGCAUCGCUGGGGUUCGAACUGUGGAAGUCGACGAUGAGGAACAAUUUUCGUACAUAAAGGGCGACUCGAGGGGGCCAGAACACUGGGGAGAUCUAGUUGAUGAAUGGGCCAUCUGUGGAAAUGGGCGCCAGCAAUCUCCCAUUGCUUUGCUGAAGAGCCAGGCUGUAAUCUCACCUGAUCUCGGUGAACUGCAAAGGAUUUAUCACCCUGCAAAAGCAAUCCUUGAGAACGGGGGCCAUGAUAUUAGGGUUUGCAAUUGAAAUUCUGCUUUUUCA